UGGGAUCUUCCUAGCUCGUUCUUGGCUCUGCCCUCCUCCUUGCUUGUUCUGUCCACUAUGACCCAUGAGCUCCCAUUGGAAACGACACGCGGUGAUCUAUCUUGGGUUAGUUAUUAAAAUCUUCGGAGUAGCUUGCAGGAGGCAGGGGCGAAUGGCGGCGGUGCGCAGCGAGGAAGUGGCGGGGAUUUAGCUAAAACACUGUGUAAAGCUACUAGAAUCGCUCCGGAAUGCAGUGGCGUUGACACAGUAGAGGAAUACUCUUUUUAGAUAUCAUAAACGGAGCUAAACACAUUGUGUUUGCAGUCCUGUAAUGAAGUUAUCUGGAGCUGUCAGUCCUGACAAGCUGACAGGAAGGGAACAGCAUUCAUGGAUGUAGUGGACACUUUCAACCAUUUGAUUCCCAGUGACCAGUUGGAUGACUCCAUGCUGAUAGGGCAGAACUUGGAAUGUGAAGCGAGUAAUGACUUUGGAACAGGUGUCGACCAGCUGGGAGACUCACUGAGGAACAUGCUUAGUGAUAAAGAUCCCAUGUUUGGAUCUGCAAGUUCACACUUCAAUAUCUUAGAUAAUGAAGACGCCAACUUCCAGAUCGCGAAGUCCCCAGUAGUUGCAGAUGUUGAUGUUGGUGCAACAGAGGGCAUCCUCGGUACCGCUGGUGGUGGGUUGGCUGGUACAGAGACUCCGCCAGUCAAACGGUCUGUUGGCAGACCCAGGAAAUACGCAUUAGGAGUUACCCCAGAGCGAAGUGCAGGCAGAGGGUCUUCAAACAAAAAGCCCCCAGGAAAACCUGGGAGACCUAGAAAGAAGUCCACUCUGAGUGAGAAGAUCACUACUGCUGAUGAAUUAAGGAGAGAGCUUCACCUGGGUGGCGGCAGGGUGAAUAUCAACGACCUUGACUUGGGCUCGUCGAUGAACCCCGUCGUUGUGUUACAGAGGUUGACGGUCACGGGGUUUCAAAUCGAGCUUCUCCCGGGACCCUCCUUUACCGCUUUCACAUCAGCUGAAAACACUGACGAAUGUUAUGAGGAUGGCUCGCUGUACGGUGAAGGGAUGGAAUACACUAUGGUACAAGAGGAACCGUUACAACAGAAUCCCACUGCAGGGAGUGGAGGGGGCGUGGGUGCUGCUCAGCUCUUCGUGAAGUACUGUGCUGACGACUUGCCCUAGGGUCGGACCUACGCCAACCCCAAUGACGUUCAGGCCUCCAACGCGCUUCCAGGUAGUCCUUGCUUGGUCGAGACCAAACUCCACGACCAAAGUGAUUCUCAGAAGCAUGAUUCAGCGGAGGUGAGGAAAGAUGCCGGCAUCAAGAAAGCAGCGCAGCAGCACCUGCCAAACAGCAAAGUUCCUACCACUAAUAAUCCAGCCAAAAAGCAGCAGCCUAAGCUGAAGCUGUCAGCACUGUCCUCCGCUAAGAACAAGCACCUGUUAGCUGGUAAGGCCAAAGGAACCCAACAACACGCCCUGGGGAAGAAGCUCCACCAGAGAGGCAACAUGCACAAGAUGGACGAAAUGAAAGCCAAACAAGUCAUCGUGUCCUUGAAAAGGCGAGGUGAAUUCAACCCAGCUCAACCCGGCCCUAAGAUUCAGAGGACGCAGGACGGACGUCCUGUGAAACUAAAGCAGAGAUUACCUGACGUGGGCCGCGGCGGUCCGGUCAAAAAACACUGCCGUCUAAAGCGUCCUCCUGGUAUGUCGCCCGGGACGACGAUUACAACCAAACCGUCUAACUCUCACGUGGCCGACACCCAACCACAACCCCAGUUUGGCUGGACACCAUGUAAACGUGCCAAUCCUCAGAAGGAGACAUCGGAGGAGGAGAAGGAGGAGGAGCAAGACGAGCCUAAAGUGAAGAAGCCAGACAAGAGUCUUCAGAAACAGAGAAGCAGGAACGUCAGCAGAAGCAUCUCCGUGGAGGAACCACAGCUCUUCAUCCCCGACAACGCUCCUGCCGUCAUGAAGAAGGAAACCAGUGAAGAAGAACAGGCUAAAGAAUCUGGGAAGGGACCAGACAAGGAACCUGCAAAUAGUGAGACCGUUGUGUGGGAUCCAAACAAGAACUGUGGAUUGUGCAAUAAACCACAUAGUAACAAGUUCAUGGUGGGCUGUGGGCACUGUGAUGACUGGUUCCAUGGGGACUGUGUUGGUCUGGACCUGGCCAAGGUGAAGCAGAUGGAAGGGGGGGACCAGGAGUAUGUCUGUCUGCAGUGCUGUACCAAGGACCAGUACACCACCACCAAGGAGCCAGGCGGUGCUGUGCAGGGGGAGGCCAGGGCAGAGGGACAGCAGAAGCCCUCUGAGACCCAGGACAACAAGAUGGCCGCCAAGCAGAAACAGCCGUCCCCACAUCCUGUCACCUCCGGGGGAGUCAGGCCCUUCAGAAAGGACUCUGUGGAAAGAAGACAGUCGACUGAAGUAAAAGAUUCUACGCAGAAAUCAGGAGUGUCAGUCAAACAGGAGACCAAGAGGCCCAAGGUGUCGUCCUCCUCUAAGAAACCGGUGUCUGUUGACCAGAUCAGACGGAGCGUCCGUGACGCCCUGAAGGACAUCCUCCUGAAGAGGCUGAAGGAGUCUGAUUUCCAGGCGUCACCAGAGAAGGCUGCUGAGGUGGCCAAGAAGACUGAGAGAGAGCUGUUUGCCUUCUACAGAGACACCGACUGCAAAUACAAGAGCAAGUACCGGAGCUUGAUGUUCAACCUCAAAGACACCAAAAACAAUGUGUUAUUCAAGAGGGUUCUGAAAGGGAUUUCUCCUGGCACUUUGAUAAGGAUGAGUCCUGAGGAACUGGCCUCAAAGGAGCUGGCUGCAUGGAGACAGAGAGAGAAUCGACACGCGAUUGAGAUGAUUGAGAAGGAGCAGAGAGAGGCGGAGAGGCGACCCAUCACCAAGAUCACACACAAAGGAGAGAUAGAGAUUGAGAGCCAGGAGUCUGGGAAGGCACCAGAAGCCAUAGAGCCCGAGCCAGAGCCUGUGGCUGCUUCCAAAGUGACAGAGGAGCCAGUGGAAGUUCCCCAAGAGAAGACGUUAUCGACAACAACCGAGAGCGUCAAUAUUUUCCAAGAUACAACCAGUCUGCAUAAGACUCACCUGUUUGACCUCAACUGUAAGAUCUGCACAGGUCGUAUGGCUCCACCUGUGGAGGAGGCUCCUACCAAAGUGGUGAAAGUGGCCACUAGUGUAGUGAGGAGACGGUCUGCUACCAGCACUACAGAGGCAGUGACCAAGAACACACAGUCUACUACCUCCAGCACUACAGAGGGACAGACCACGAACACACUGUCUGCCACCACUACCUCUACAGGAGAGACACCCUCAUCUGCUAAGGACGACGACCUUCACCUCAAAGUCCUAGAGGAGAGCCUCCUCAGCGCCAAAACCUUCUCCAACUACAAGGGGAGGUCAGUGUCUAUGAGUGGAGAUGGCGAGGCUUCCUUCCUGUCCAACCUGCAGCCUCUAUGGAGGGUUGUCAACAUGCCUGCUGUGGCCAAGCUCCUCACUAAAGUUCCUGUAUCAGGUGUCCUGGACCACCUGACAGAGGAUCUGCCGGAGAGUUUCCAGAUGGGUGGGAGGAUCUCCCCACAGAUCGUAUGGGACUACCUGGACAAGAUCCGAGCCACUGGAACAAAGGAAGUGUGUUUGAUCUGUUUUUCCUCUGAGACCGACGAGGAUGAGAUCCUACUACACUCUGGCUCUAUGCCUACUUUGUAGCUGUAACGCUUUCGCGUGGUCGCCAACAACUUGAAACAAGUCAAAGACAUGUAUCUCAUCCCCUGCGCUAUUGUCCCACACCAAUUGGUUCCUUUGAUGGCCCAGGGGGCUGGAAACAACCGCCCCAACCUCCUGCUGGUUCGAUCAUCUCGCCAGAGGCCUAACGACUUCCUGCCCGUCCAUAUCAACGAAACGGCCAGGUUCAUACUGGAGAGCAAACCUGCGAGACGGCUACUUACUGAUGCUACUGUAAAUAACACAAAGAAGUUAAUGGGAGGAGGAGGAGAACUUUACAUCUCCUCUCUGUGCGCUACAAGUACUAAAGAGUGACCGAGAAGAGAUACUCAUUGUUGAACACCGCUGGAGGAAGAAGUGGUCACAGCAGAACAGUCUAGUACAGACAUCUCUGAGAAAGCUGAAGGUGAAGAUAGUGAAGAGGGGUACCAACGACCACGUUUCCUUCCGGGUGUUGCGUGAGGUUGGGGUGGGGAGCUCUCUGCCCUGCCAGAUUUCUCAGGUAACCCUCCACUGCUGGGUGAUGAUGGCCGAGAGCCCUCGGCUCCACAGACUCAUACACCUGAGUGCAGCAACCAACGCAGGCCCACCACCACUAAGAGUCCCAGCGCUAUGCUCAUGCGACAGACUGGUUUUUAUUACCGGAAGAGGGAACCCAAAACGUCAAAGCAGAGUGAACCUGUGUCUUCCAGCCUGGCUGAAACGCUCAUCGCGAACAACCACGCGCUGGCUAAAGAGGAGGUGCAAUACCGUGGCCCGCCGGUCUCUCUGAAAGACAAACCCAGACGCCUUUACAGAGCUGCCCUGGCCAGCCUCUCACUUGAUCCCAAUACAGACGGUCUCAACAAAGGAGAUUCGGUGUUGUGCGAAAAGGACAAAUCCAAAGAAGAGAAUAUUAAUUUACUCUCUUGUCUCCUACAGCCACGUCCAACGCUCUCUGUUGAGGAAAGCCGCCUCACGGCUAAAAAUCCUCUUCCGAGUGGAAUCCCCUGAAGAAAAGCUCUGGCAUCUAACAUGACUGAAGAACCAACCGCUGUCCAAUCAGCAGGAUCACAGGAUCACCCCUAACCUGUUCCUGUCCUGACCACCAGGAAGUAUCGUCCAAUGGCAGCUCAACACGGAUACCCCUCCCACCACCACCAGACUGGCUUGGCCAGACGCCCACCUCCAGACCAUGUCCCGCCUACAGGCUAUCCCUAUGGUCCCAUCCUCCAGCCUGGAGGACCUCCUGUAGACUACGUGUACCAGCCAGCACCACCUGUCCCCUUCGGAAACACCGCACCGCCACCUUUCCAGCACCACGAGCUACUCACCAACUUCAGCUACCCUACUGGCUCCCCACUACCCAUGAUGUACCCGCCACCUCACGACCCACAGAUGCAUAAUCAUGCUGGAAUAACAUGGCUCAACUCUGGUCCAGGUCCCACAUCUCCCAACUCUUUCCCCCGGGGGCUACUGCGCUACAGUGUGAGCUCCCAGAGGUUUGCCUCCUGGCUGAAUCGGGCCCAACCCACCUAGCUCUCAUCCGCCGCUGCCAAAGAGGACUAGAAGGGGGCAGCAGAGAGGAUUCUGUACAAGCCCUGGGACAGGCAGGCCCGGUCGGGCCAAGGGCAGAAGGAGGACCGGGACCAGUAUGGGAGACACUGGCACUACAGUGAGUCCUGGCCACGGAGAGAAGAGCCGAACCACAGCCAAGAGGAGGGAAAGAAACGAGAUAGAAGUCGGAGCAGAGAGAGAGACCGGAGCAAAGACUCUUCUCACCACAGAGGGAGCCGGCACCACUCUAAAGACGAGCGACACGGUCACAGCGAGAGGAGGAAAGAACGGUACCAUAGCGACGGUGACUACGGGAACCACAAACACAGCAGGAGAGACUCUGGUGAUUAUGAGAAAUCGAGGAGGAGUUCCAAAGACAGUCACUCAUGA